AUGCAUUGCUUCCCAAAAUACCCAUUGAUACAAGACAAAGAACAGCAGAAACUUCAAGUUAAUAACUUGGUGCCAUUGGCAACAAGACGUGGUGAAUGGAAUAAUACUCCUCUUUCGACGCAAACAUACGAAAUCCCUGACUAUGAGGAUUUGAGUCGCCAUGUGCUCAUGACAAUGAGAGAAUAUGGGUUGACUGGCGGAGCCAGUAUACCUGCUCUCGAAAUGAUAAUCUUGGGACUAGAAACCCAUCUUCGCAAUAUCGUCGAGAGUGCCAUAGAUGUUGCAAGAUAUAGAAAGCACAAGUACUCUGCGAAUGACAUUGUUUCUGCAAUUGGCAUUGACCCCGAUGGGCCGAAAGAAACGACUCCUGAAACUCCCAUGCCCCAAGUAACUCUUCAUAUCGAGGACUUGUUCAACACACUCGAGAUGUAUCCGCAUUUAAUCGAACCUUGUGGCUCAAAAUUGAGAUUACCAAGUAUAACGCUUGAGAAUGACGAUAUGAUUGAUACUAAGUAUGAGUUACCUCCUCGAGAGCAGAACGACGAGGAAGAAAUAAAGGAAGAACCCGAUAAACGAACAGCACAUCUUGGGACAACUGAUGAGCUCAAAUGGGUGCUUCAUGAUCUUAUAACGACAACUUAG